CCGUUAAACCCCACCGAAUAAUACUUUCUUGUAGCUCGCUAACCCUUUUUUAUUAUAGCUCAGUGAGAUAACCAUUUCGGACUAAAAUAGUCGAAUUAGUUAGCUAGAUAGAAAUUGUAACGUUAGCCAACUAGCUAGCUAGCUAGCUAACUGAAAUAAUAUUCUACAAAAUGCAUUUAAUCUUUGUUUUAAACUGACGUAGCGUAGUUAAUUUACGUUGGUGGUAGGCAAACUUGUUUUCUUCAGCUCAAGCCAAGGGAAGUUAACAAGCUAACGUUAGCUAGCUACAAUGACAUUUCUGUGAAUUCAUGGGGGGUGGACACACAAUUAAAUACGUAAUUGGCUGACGGUCCCGAUUUCCAUCAAAACACCCAUGGCAAAGUGGUUAAAGGACUACCUGAACUUCGGCAGCCGUCGUGACGGCCCCCAGCUUCCGCGUCCUGACUACACAGAGAGUGAGAUCCUGAGGGCCUACAGAGCCCAGAAAGACCUGGACUUUGAAGACCCCUACCAGAGCGCAGAGAAACCACAAAAUGGCUGCUACGGUGGCUGCAGGGGGACAGUAAGCCUGCAUGCAUUUCCUGCCUUCGCUUCUGUCCUUCCCAAUGAUGCAGAGGUGAAGGUGGUGUCUCCCAAACACAGGCUGAUCAAGGUGGACUCUCAGGAGUUCAGUCGCAGUAAGAUCCCCCUGAGCCCCGUCACCAUCCACCAGGAACCGGUGCUUCCCUCUGCUCCUGCAGCAGUAGGGGACUCCGACACUGUCUACUCGGACCCGUUUGAUGCCAGACCAGUUCCACGGCUUAGAGCAGAUUGGGAGCCUAACCCUCGCCCACACCUUUCCUUGGGCCUCAGUCCCAUCACCAGUCCUACCCUGGUAGCCUUCAGCCCUAACCCUAUCCUAGGUGUCAGUCUCCGUCCAGGGGACAACAGCAGCUACAUGGAACCCUUUGAAGCCCAGAGGGUCAUCACAGAGCUCCAGCAGGGCCCAGAGCGGGGCCGACCAGGAGUGGGCAGUGGAAGGGUUGUGGUUGGGAUCGGAGAUCAACUCUAUGAUGACCCCUACGAUGAGAGGACUCGACAUCGCCACCGGGAAGCGUCACCGCAGCAGGGGAGAGAGUUCCUCAGGGACGAACCGAGAGAGGUCAGACAGAGCAGGCUGCCCCAGGACGAUGAGAGACCAGCAGAGGAGUACGACCAGCCCUGGGAAUGGAAGAAGGACAACAUCUCCAAAGCUCUAGCAGUGAAGUUUGAGGGGGCGGAGUGGGAGAAGUCGUUAGGCCAGUCAGACCAGGCCAAACUACCCAGGACCAGCCCCACAGCCCCAGGGGGCGCAGCCAACCUUCGGAGGCCUGGUGACACCCCCCCUAUCCUGGGUGAGAGAGUGGACCCCUGCCUGCCCCUGGAGAGACAGGUGUGGUACCACGGUGCUGUGAGUCGUGCGGAGGCAGAGACUCUACUGACGCUGUGCAAAGAGAGUUCCUACCUGGUGAGGAAGAGCCAGACCUGCCCACAAGACUACUCUCUCUCCCUCAGGAGUUGUCAGGGCUUCAUGCAUAUGAAGUUCACUCGGAGUUCAGAGAGUUGUUUCGUCCUGGGAGAGAACAGUCCUCCAUUCUCCUCUGUACCAGAGGUCAUCCACUACUACACCAUGCACAAACUACCUAUCAGAGGAGCUGAACACCUGUCUCUGCUCUACCCUGUCAUAGUACAGACCCUCUGACCCUUCUCCACUCAUUAUCAGCAUCCCAACUGGCACACUAAUCCCUACGUAGUGCACUACUUUAGUGCACUCUGAUCAAAAGUAGUGCACUAUAUAGGCAAUAGUGGGACACGGCUAUAUGUGAUACUAUUACAGAAGGUGCUGUCGUCUGCGGAGAUGCUGCGGCAAAUGCUGUAACAGAGCAGGUUACUGUAUGUCAAGUGUUAUUGAUCAUCUGUUUGGCACAUUGAUUAGCUAGCUGUACCAGGGUGGGAGUUUCAUCCAAUAGUGCUAUACAGUAGAACGCUACAUCGCUAUAGUGGAAAGCUAUUAUAGAAAUAUGUGCUUGAAAGCUAUUUCAGUACUUAUAUGUAUGAAUGCUGAUAUUAUACCCCGAGUGUACAAAAUAUUAGGAACACCUUCCUGAUAUUGAGUUGCACCCCCUUUUGCCCUCUGUACAGCCUCAGUUCACCGGGGCAUAUGGACUACAAGGUGUUGAAAGCGCUCCACAGGGAUACUGGCCCAUGUUGACUCCAAUGCUUCCCACACUUCCCAAGUUCGAUGUCCUUUGAGUGGUGGACCAUUCUUGAUACACACAAACUGUUGAGUGUAAAAAAACCCAGCAGUGUUGCAGUUCUUGACACACUCAAAUCGGAGUGCCUGCUACCAUAUCCUGUUCAAAGGCAUUUAAAUAUUUUGUCUUACCAAUUCACCCUCCGAAUGGCACAUACACAAUCCAUGUCUGAAUUGUCUCAAGGCUUAAAUUAUCCUCCUUUAACCUGUCUCCCCCACUUCAUAGACACAGAUUUACAUUUACAUUUAAGUCAUUUAGCAGACGCUCUUAUCCAGAGCGACUUACAAAUUGGUGAAACAGAUGACAUCAAUAAGGGAUCAUAGCGUUCGCCUCGUCGGAAUGUAAUGGGAAGAGCAGGUGUUCCUAAUGUUUUGUGCACUCAGUGUAGUGUGUUAAAGUGUGAAUGUUUUUUGGACUUUGAUCAUGAAAGCUAAAGAAUAAUAGGUAGGUUUGUUACUGUGGUGCUGUUUGUAAGGUUUUCUUGUGUUCUAUGAAAAUAAAGUGUGAUUUUGUUUUAAAAAAAA